AUGCACAGCAGGAUCUGCUUGGAGGAGCUGGCCGGCGGCCUACGUGGUGCGCGCCUGGGAUUAUCGGCAUCUUACGAUGGCUGCGCUUCAGGUGGAGAUUGCACGGGCGGCCAGUCACUGGCCUUCGAGCGCCCCGCGCAGCUCUUCUGCUUCAACGAGGGAGCUACGGCGAUAGCGACUUGGAGCAGGAACCAAGCUCGCCACUUCAGCGCCCAGUGUGCGUGCCCCCCAUCAAGGGCCUACGUGGUGCGCGCCUGGGAUUAUCGGCAUCUUACAGUGGCUGCGCUUCCGUCACUGGCUUUCGAGCGCCCCGCACAGCUCUUCUGCCUUGAGCACGGUAUCCAGCCUGACGGCCAGAUGCCCUCUGAUAAGACGAUCGGAGGCGGCGACGAUGCUUUCAACACGUUCUUCUCUGAGACCGGCGCCGGCAAGCGCGCCCCCCGCUGUGCGAUGGUCGACCUAGAGCCCACUGUGGUCGAUGAAGUACGCACGGGUACCUACCGUCAGUUGUUCCACCCUGAGCAGCUCAUCUCCGGCAAGGAGGACGCCGCGAACAACUUUGCGCGAGGGCGCUACGCCAUCGGCAAGGAGAUCGUCGACCUCGUCCUGGAUCGGAUCAGGAAGUUGGCCGACAAUCGCACUGGCCUCCAGGGCUUCAUGAUCUACAACGCCGUCGGCGGAGGCACUGGCUCCGGGCUCGGUUGCCUGAUGCUGGAGCGCUUGUCUGUGGACUACGGGAAGAAGGCGAAGUGCUCUUUCACUGUGUGGGCGUGCCCGCAGGUCGCCACGGCAGUGGUGGAGCCCUACAACGCUGUUUUCUGCGUGCACUCCCUCCUGGAGCACACAGAUGUCACCAUCAUGUAUGACAACGAGGCACUGUGCGAGAUAUGCCGCCGCAACCUUGACAUCGAGCGCCCUACUUACACCAGCCUGAACAGGCUGCUGGCGCAGAUCAUCUCCUCGCUGACUGCGUCGUUGCGCUUCGACGGUGCUCUGAACGUGGACGUCGCCGAGUUCCAGACGAACUUGGUGCCCUACCCACGCGUCCACUUCAUGCUCUCCAGCUAUGCACCCGUGAUCUCUGCGGAGAAGGCGCACCAUGAACAGCUGUCAGUGGCGGAGAUCACCAUGUCCGUCUUCGAGCCCGCAUCCAUGUUCGUGAAGUGCGACCCUCGCCAUGGCAAGUAUAUGGCAUGUUGUAUGAUGCACCGCGGAGACGUAGUGCCCGAAGAUGUGAACGCUGCGAUAGCUACUAUAAAGACCAAGCGCACCAUUCAAUUCCUCGCCGGAGGUUUCGCGGGCUACCCUCCGGGGUGGAAGGGCGCCAACGGCGCGUGGUUGACGCGGCUAACGAGGCUCUGGCGGGCUGGGCCGGAAGUGACCGGACAUAAAUGUUCCCAGCGGUCUUACGACGUAAUCGAGCGCCUGAUGCAGGCGUACUUGAACGACCUGAGUGGUCACGACGGUAGCCACGGGUGGCUACGCGAGCUGGCGAAGGUGUGGCAGAAGUUGAUGCACAUCAUCCACGGGAACGGGCCCCAGCCAACGCUGUUCGCCGACGAGUGGAACGUGCCCGUCUGCUCCGCGGAGGACCUCACCAGGGCCGGAGGGGUGGCAAUGGCUUACGAGACCGAGGUCAGGCAGGUCCUCGCACGCGUCGUGCCCACCUUGCGGCCGACCGCAAUUCUGACGACGAGGCCGCUGCACGAGCUCGGGUACAAGGGGUAUUCUUCCACGCUCGUCACCUUCAACAUGCAGGUCUUCGACGAAACGGCCAUGGCUCCGGAUGGCAUGCGAGGGGCUUGGAGGGAUCAUCUGGGAGCGCGGCGGUAUUUGACGCAGUUGGGCGACGCUGGGCGGGUCCACAGGGUGCUGGAGGAGGGGCUGGUGCAGGUGGCCGAGCACAGGACGAUGGUGCGCAUCGUGGUCGACAUCGACAGGGCCGCCUUCGAGUGGGCGCCGGACACCGUCAUCUCGGCCAUGCACGUCACGGACGUCAUCAAGGGCUGCGCCGGGGCCGCGGUGGACAUGCACGAGGUCGUGGUCAGGGACGACGGCUCCGCCACGGUUCGCGUCCCGUCUUCUCUCGUGGGCGACCUCAUGCAGAAGUCGGGCCGUCAAGGAGCCUAUUUCAAGCCCGCUUUCGACGAGGUGGAGGGCUUGGCGGACUUCGUGCUGUGGCUGGAGCCCGGGCUCUCGCACGAGGAGGCCCUGGACGUCUGCGAUGCGAUGUCCAGCAUCGGCUUGCUGAGGCGGGGGAAGAAGCCAGUGCGUUACGGUUUGCGGUGGCAGACGCAGGAGGCCUACGACGCAGCCGUGAAGAGCAUCCCUGGCCGGGAGAGGCUCGAGGGCACUACGCGCUACAAAGUGGUGCCCGUUACGCCAGAGGUCGGAGCGCAGGGCAUCAAGAAGAUGCUGGCCGACUUCAAGUGGGAGGUGGCGGAGCUCGCGCACGCGGACAGGGACGCGGCGCAGGGGCAGGCCCUGGUCUACGCGAAGACUGCGCCGCCGGCGGCGAGAUUCCAGGUGAAGCCGAGUGCGGGCGAGCCGUACCUGGUGUACAUCCGUGCGGUCGGGCGCCUCAGCCAGCAGAAGAUGGAUGCGGCUGGGCUGCGCGCCGGCUCCCGCAUGGCUCCGGCGGCCUCCAGUGCUUCGUCCGGUGCAACAGCGGAGGCGAAGAGCCGGGCCCAAGGCGCGCUCCAGCGGACGCAGAGGGCUGCCGCCCGUGCUUCCAGCCCGCAGCCGACGGUGCGCCCGAGGGAGAGCACUGGCACGACGCCGCAGCGGCAGACGGUGGAGUGGAACCAUGGUGUGCACGUCCUCCACGGUAACAUGAAGCUGCGCUUUGUGAACGUCUCGGGCCUCAAGUCGCAGGGGCGGUGGGCGAAGAUCGCCAAUGUGACCGCGGACGUCGUGGCUUUGACGGAGACCCAUGCUGACGAGGCUCUACAACAGGUCAAGUGGCCUGCUUCGUGGGGGGGGGACUUCAACGCCGAGACUUCGGACACGGCCGAUUUCCAGGAGAAGCUGCGCAGGUCCCGGUGGCAGGAAGGCUAUGACUUCUGCGCGGAGAGCCAGCAGGACAUCCCUACCUGCACCCAGGGCCGUGGUUCGCGCAUCGAUCGUGUCAUCAUGAACAGUAAUGCUUCUGCCUUGGUCAAGAGGUGCGAGAUCGACACCGCAGCUGGGCUGCCCGUGCACCGCCCGAUCGACAUGCUUAUUGACGUGCCGCUGGCGCAGCAAACCAUCCGACGGGCACGCAAGGUGGCGCGGGUCCCUCUACCUGGCCGGCCGCCACCAGAGUACGUGCCUCCCCGGGACUACCCCAACCGGGCUUUUGAGCAGGCACUGGAGGCGCGCGACAUGGAUGCUGCGCUGAAGGCGUGGUGUGUCAUGGCCGAGUCUCACCUGCUGGACGUGGCACCCAGGGACGAUGGGCUCACGCAGGCGCGCCGUGUUCGGGGGCGGGGCAAGAUCGUGGUCGAGGAGCGGCAGGCUUUCCCGAAGGUCGCGCUUGACAGCGCCGCCUCCCGUGCCACCCGGGCCAUCCUGAAGGCCUGCGAGCGUGCUCGCACCUUGGCACGCAUGGACCUCUCGUCCGUCCGGGCGGAGCGCACGCGGGCGGGAUUGCAGGCUGUGCUGUCGCACUGUCAGGAGCAUGUCGCCGACGAGGUCCGCGAGGCCAUGCGGUCGUCUUGCACGCAGGCCGGGUACGCCAGGCUCCGCGAGACGUUGUUGAACGAGCUCCAGCAGGUGCAAGUGCGCGAGAAGCGUGCUCGCAUCAAGAACUGGAGGAAGGACUUGCGCGCCAAGCAGAGCAGAGCGUACGAUUGGCUGAAGAAAGGGGGCCCCGCUGAGACCGGGGGCGCCAUGAAGAGGCCGGACAGCACCGUCACCGCGAACAUCCCCGAGCAGCUGAAUUUGGUCGCCGGCGCUUGGCGGCCCAUUUUCGAGCGCUUCAAGCACAGGGAGCCGGCGGUGGAUACCUUCAUGGAGUACUUCGGGCCUCACAUGCGGACGCACACCUGGAGGACGGAGCGGAUCACAGGUGACCAGCUCGUGAAGGUCGCGGCGGAUCUGCCUAACUCCGCUGGUGGCCUGGACUCCUGGACGGCGGAGGAGCUGAAGGUCUUGGCUCGCUGGCGUCCGCGUCUCUUCGAUCAGCUGGCAUCUGUGCUCAACGCGGUCGAGGGCGGGGCCCCGUGGCCCCGCGCGGUCGCGCAGGGGUACAUUGCUUUGAUCCCGAAGGACAAGACGGAUGCGGAGCCGGUUCCGACGGCCCUGCGCCCCAUAACGGUGCUGAGCAUCCUGUACCGUCUGUGGGCGAAGCUCCGCUUCAACUGCGCCAUGGACUCCCGGCAGGAGCACUGGGUGCCCGAAGGCAUUUGGGGAUGCCGCCGGCGUCGGGGAGCUGAGGGCCUCUUCUUGGGCGUGGCGCUCGACAUGGAGCAGGGCGGCCAGGGGGUGCUCGUCGGUGGCGCCAGCUACGACUUCAAGAAGGCUUUCGACUACAUACCUCUUCAGCUCCUCUUUGCCGUCUUGGCGCGACGUGGCAUGUGCCCGCGGGUGCUGCAGGCCAUGCGGGGUUUUUAUUGUCAACUUCAGCGAUGCUUCCGCAUGCGGGGGGCCAUGGGCGCGACCCUCGAGAUUUUCGGUGGCAUCGUGCAAGGGCGCCCGCUGUCCAUGCUGGGCCUGAACGCCUUCAUCAGUUGCUGGGUCGAGGCCGUGCGCAGCAAGGUGCCCGGCGUGAUCCCGCGAGCCUACGCUGAUGACAUGUCAGCGACGAGCAAGGCGAGGAGCGGAGCGAGGCUCGUCAAGAACAUCCAGAAUAUGCACGCCGUCACCCGCGAGUACGAGAGGAGGACGGGUGGCCAGGUGUCGGCGGAGAAGAGCUUCACUUUCGGCGCUGCGUGCCUACGCCGCAGCCUGGAUGGAGUUGACGGCCACGAGCACAUUUUCCGGCUCGUGGGAGGUCCUGUGACAAGCCGCGAGGAGGGGGAGGCGGAGUCGUGGCCGCAGCUGGUCGAGCAGCGCGUCGCGACGUACACGGCGACGGCGCAGCGCAUACGCAAGGCGCCGGAGGGCUUCCACGGCCGUGUCCAGAUGCUCCGGGCCACAGCCUCGCAGGCUUCAUGGGGCCAAGGGUCUCACUGCAUGCCUGGUACCCCGAUUGCUUUGAAUAAGUUGCGCACGGAGCUGCUGAAGGCGGCCUGGGAUAUGGACAAAUAUUCAAGCAGCGUGCAGAUUUCGCUCACUAUCCUGAUGCCAGUUACCUUGGAUCCAUUUUUUGGCUUCGUGUACGCUGGCCUCAACAGCAUGCGUCGGGCCAUGAGCGACCGCGUGGUUCGCGACCAGGUCCGGGCAGCUCUUGCGGCGCCGCCUCGGGGAGCAGAUGGCCCAGUUGCUCGCCUGCGCCAGGUCAUGGAGCACGCCGAGCUCCGGCCCUGCGUCGAGCAGAUGGUGCACGAGGAACAGCUGGAUGUGAACAGGUGGUGCCAUGACCUGCGGGAUGCGUGGCGGCGGAGGCUCUGGCGCCAGCUGCCGGAGUUGCGUGCCACGUACAGAGGCGCCGAGCAUGGUGUGGACCGUGAGAAGUCCACCAGCUAUCUGCGGAGGCUGCAGGCGCAGGCUGAUCAGCUGCAGCGCAAGCAGGACAGUGGAGAUUUACAGGACAUACCCUCGUCUUUCGAUGAUCCUCGGGCGAAGCUGGGCGUGUUGCGCCGCCUUAUGGCGGGAUCUCUGCUCACGAGUGACAGGCUGGCCCGUCACGCGGGCGCGGCGGAAGGCGUCAUGUGCUCGUGUGGCCUCGGCAGGGAGACCAUCGUCCACGUCUCCUGGGCGUGCCCGCGCCAGAGCACUUGGCGGGGGCCAGCCCUGGCAGCUUUGGGCGGGCCGUACACCGACCAGCCGAUGUGCUUCCAGUACGCGACCAUCGUGCCGGAGGCCUCCAUGCUGACCGCGGAGCAGGUGGUUACGAUCCAGAGAUCCUUGGUAGACGUGUGGCAACAUCGCAUCCACGCCUGGCACGAAGGUGGCGGGGAGGAGGAGCCCGGCCCAGGGCCUGGACCGCCCGGCGCGGGAGGGCGGCGACGGCUGACGCAGAAAUCCGCGCCUGCCGGCGAUGUGCCGCCGCCGCCGCCUGAGCCAGGGAGGGCUGUCCAGAGGGGCGAGAGUGGUCCCCGGAGGCGAGGCGCCGGGGCGCGUGGCUCUGCCAACCCAGACAACGGCCACCUCAUCCGGCUGAUCCCUGGCGGCCGCGGGGUCUUCUGCGUCAAGUGCGGCAAGCAGACCGCGGAAAUGAAGGCGAGGAGGCAGAAGAUCACGCACAAGGCGUGUCCGCAGAAGGAUCUGCCACAAUCGCAGUGGCUCUCGCAGCCUGGCGUGCGGCGGAGCUCUGUGCGCUUGCAGAACGUCGAGACGGAGCUUCAGAAGUACAACGCCGGCAAGCACCAAUUGAAGUGGAAUGGCAAGCUCGGGAAGGUGCCGUUCGCGGAGGACGAGGGCCUCAUUUGGUGCGCUGUCUGUGAGCGCCGCUGGUACUGGAAGGACAGGGCUAGCAAUCUGGCGCGCACCAAGUGCGAUGGGAACCCGAAGGCGGCGAACCGGGAGCGGCAGAAGAGCACGCAGGGCAUCCAGAAGUGGACGGCCGCUCAUGCGGACAGCCACGAACUCAUCUACGAGGCGGAGAACCUGCGCUGGAAGUGUGGUCUUUUUUCGCGCAUCGACCACAAGUUCGACCUCGUGUACUCGAAGCGCGCGUUCGUGCACUGGUAUGUGGGCGAGGGUAUGGAGGAGGGCGAGUUCUCCGAGGCUCGCGAGGACCUGGCGGCGCUGGAGAAAGACUACGAAGAGGUGGGCAUCAAGACCGCAGAAGGCGAGGGCGAGGAAGAGGGCUACGGCGACGAGUUCUGA